CGAGUCGGCUGGGAAUCGCAAUCGACCAACCCAAAUUUCCCCGAGUGAACAAUCGACGGAGGUCGUCGGUAAUAUCCGGAGGUUGAACUUACAUCGCGGAGCAAUAUUAUGGGAUGCAAUUACUUCGUACAUUAUGGGAUGUUUCUACAUGUUGUACGCGGCGUGGUCGACAGCAACCAUUGACAGCAAUUGAACACUCUAACUAUUGUAAGAUGGACACCACUAAGCCAAAGGAUAAAAACAAAGAGAGAAGUGAUACAUCAGACACAUUGAAGAAGAAAAAAGAUGAGCCAUCAGCACACUGCAGUACCAAAUGGAAAACUGACACACAAAAAAGGCCAUUCGAUGACAAGUCGGUUCUUGGCUAUCUACAUAAUACCUCGCCGGUGAAACGUUCGAAAGCAAAUAACCCUUACUUCGAUGCUGAACUCCAGACUGGACCUUCCCAAUACUCACGUGUUGUGUGCUUUAACAAACACCACCACCAAUUCUUCAAGGAGUCUGAAGAAAAACGAAGCCCAAUCAAGCUCAUGAAUAUUGUCACUGCACCAAACUGGCAGGAUAAAAGUAAAACUGAUAUCAAGGUUACGAAAGAUACAACCCUAGAAGCAAACAAGAAAACUCUCGCUUUUAAACCACAGCAGCCACCAGUGAUACAACCGAUAACAACUACGGUUACAGAAUUUGUCCGAAAUAUCCCAUCAACAGAAAAAAAAAAGAUCAAUCUCACAGCUUAUGUCAGCGGUGUCGUCGAAGAGGAAUAUGAAAUAACAUUGAGCUACCGCUCAGAACCCACAAAGAAUAAAGUGUACGCUAUUGCGGACGAGAACACUUCCACGAAACUUACUGCAUGGGCAACGAUUAUCGACAGCAUCCAAGUACACAAUACUUACAAGUUCGAAAACCUGUCGGUGUCUAACUUUAACAUCAAACACUUGCAAACCACCUUCUCCACUAUCGUUACGAAGACCAACAGCAUGGAUAACCCAUGUUUGGACUUGCCAACUACCGAAGAAUUGACAGAACUCACUCAAGCAAAGUGUGAAACAGUACAGUCCGAAAUCGUAAUUUCCUGCAACAGCUGCCAAGCCAGUAUUGAUAUUGAUGACCUGUAUGAUGAUAUGUACAAAUGUAACAGCUGUGGGAUGCGUCAGUUAUCCAAUUCAGUAAUCAAACAAGUAAAAGUUAAACUCAAUUUAUCUGACCAUGGUGUAAAAUACCGUAUCAAUGCCCGCAACCCAGCAUUGUCUGAUUUCAUGAAAUUUCACCAGGCCCCAAUGGACACAACAGAAGAAAUUGACGGAUUCUUCCUCCGAGCUGAGCCCUUCGGGGUAAAAUUCAACACCAAUCUCAUGGCAGUAUCAUUCAGCACAGAGUCUUAAAUCACUUGAAACUUUAAUCACUUGCUAAAAACAAGUCUCCCACUGCCAACUUGAAUACACGGUGACCAGAAACAAUUGCAACCCAUAAAGGUACUUGUCACAUCCACUCCUGAAAAGGUACAUAUGCUUCAUAUUUCAUCUAUAUUGAGCCGCGAUGACAAUACUCUUCUGAAAGUUUCAAUUCCAUCAGUUCAACGGUCUUGUCUGGUCACCCUGUACUUAUGUAGUAUCAUUACAAGUUUAACCAAGUUAACUUCUAUACUUGAUUUAUGAGUAUUAAGUUAUGUCAAUCAUUCAUGUUCGUUUACCCUGUAUUGUUCAAACUUUGUAAAGUCUUGUGUGUUAGUAAAAAGACACCACUUCCUACAUUAUUUCUGUUAAUAAUUUUACUAGUAUUUUUGUUUCUUAAUCAAUAUUUCUAUAUGUGAUUUGCUACAUUGAAAUUCUGAUAACCUGCUGGAGAAAAUCCAUCCAAAUUUGCCAUAGGCCUAUACAGGGUGUCCCAGAAAAAAGUAAACCAAGAUACAUCAGUGUAUUCCUUGGUUAUUGCUAAAUAUUGGAGAAAUCGGAAACCACCAUCUGUUGCAUGAUUCUCUCCUCUUUCGCAUGAUAUCUGAUUUGUCUUCAUCGAUCGUCUAGCACUGAAUACCAAAACCAACCUCGUCAAAAAUGCUCAUACACCACUGACACCUAAAUUCACCUGCUGAAUUUGUGACAAUGAACGACUAAAGCAGAAAUCAGAGACCACUAAGACCACCAUCUGUCACAUAAUUAUUUCCUCUUUUGCGGGACAUCCUGACAUUCAAUUUUAUCUCCAUGGAUGACCAAGCACUGUCUACUGAGACGCACCAUGUCGAAACUGACCUUGCUCCAUUUUUGGCGGAGUCAAUUUUGCAACACUGAAUGGACCAGUACCAAUGUCCUAUUCAAAGCUUUGCUAACAAAUUUAAUUUACCUUUAAAUCUUCCAUUUCAACCUAAUGAAACUUCGACGUUUUCAUUGACAAUUAACUGAUGUUGAUGUAAAAUCAUUUCUGACAUGGUCAGUUUUGGUAGUCAGUGCUGGGUCAUCCAUUACGAUAAAUCAGAUAUGAUGUCAGAGGAGAAAAUUAUAUAACAAAUAGUGGUUUUUCAUUUUUCCCAGUAACCGAGGAAUUUAAGGUGUGACUCAGUUUCCUUUUUUGGAACACCCUCUGUAAUAAAACUUGCAUUUAUCAUUUUUACCCUGUUACUACCAGUCCCGAUUUCAUAAGAAUUACAAAAUAAACAAAAUCAUAGAAAAUUGCUGAAAGCUCACAUCAAGCACUUACAAAUAAUAGCAAUGAGGGAAAAUUCCACUUAUUUUCAUGGUUUUUCCAUUUUUUGGUACUUUUGAUGAAAUCAUCACUGGCAGUUGCAAAGUUACCGUAUUCUCGCACUUUUAACGGCAUGCCAUUAGGUGUGAAAUUGACAAUUUUUUUCCCACUACUUAUUAGAUCACUUUUACCGCCAUGUUGAUAUGAAUAGAUUCAGUUGAAUAAUGUAGACCCUAUGAUGCACUGAAUUUCAUACAUUUGCCGUCCAGUAACUGAUCUUCUCUCUGCAUCAUUUUGUCCAUUCAGCAUUCUGAUUGCUACCAAAGCAAAAUCACUAACUGAAACACCCGUGUGGCCUGAAACAAAGCAACAUCAACAAUAGUUUUAUUAGUCUCCGCCACGGCACGUAGUGGCCGUGAGAGGAGACUCUUGGGUUAGCUAGGAAACUUUCUCGGCAAAAUCAACCUCGGCCUAGGGCGCCGAUGUGCCUAUGCGUGUGUACACGUUGUAGUGCUUGUGGGUGGAUUUCAAUUGUCGCAAUUUUGUCAAGAUUUGACACGAAGUUUCGAGAAAACCGCACAUUGAU